GCAGCUGUUACCAGAUGCGUUAUUCGGAGUAGGAGUGAGGGCUAUGGACGGUUCAUCGAUUGAUUUAACUGGAACCAUUUUUCAUCCAGCUUCCACGGUGGUCCACUAUGGUCUCAUCCACGAUUUCUGAAUGAAUUCUAACUGAAAAUGUUAACAUUUUUGUUUAUUUUGUUUCUGCGGGACGUGAUUUAGAUAUAGCCUAAUAAGGAUUCAUUGUCACUGACGUUUCGCUCGAUUAUGGCUCUUUUUUGGGUCCAGUAAGAGAAGCUCACAGCGUCAGACGCGUCUGCGGCGGUGAAGACCGGUGGUGGGACUGGAGAACUCGCGGCGCGCAGGAGAAGGUCUCUGCCUCUCUACAAAUCGGAGCUAUUACAACAGAAAUAGGAGCGCCAUGGUGAACUGGCUCAUACUGCUGCUCAGCUGGACGAUGAUCUCCAGGGUUGCGAGAGCUCAGAAUGAUACGGAGCCGAUCGUCCUGGAAGGAAAAUGCCUGGUGGUGUGCGACUCCAACCCGGCCACGGACUGGAGGUCCUCGUCCUCUCCGCUCGGCAUCUCCGUGCGCGCCGCCAACUCCAAGGUGGCUUUUUCUGCAGUCCGGAGCAACAAUCACGAGCCGUCAGAAAUGAGCAACAAAACAAGAAUAAUCUACUUCGAUCAGGUACUUGUGAAUAUAGGAAACUACUUCACAUUUGAGUCUGUCUUUCUUUCCCCAAGAAAAGGAGUCUACAGUUUUAACUUCCACGUCAUUAAAGUGUACCAGAGCCAAACUAUACAGGUUAACUUGAUGCUAAAUGGAAAACCAGUCAUCUCUGCCUUUGCAGGCGACAAAGAUGUGACUCGUGAAGCUGCCACCAAUGGAGUUCUACUUUAUCUUGAAAAAGAGGACAAAGUUUAUCUGAAGCUGGAAAAGGGAAAUCUAGUGGGCGGAUGGCAAUAUUCAACGUUCUCCGGCUUUCUUGUUUUCCCUCUGUAGAAGAAAAUAAAAAGCAAGGAAAAAGAAAGGACAAUUCAUAAUGUGCUGUCACGGUAUAAUCAAAACAUUGCUGCUUCAUCUGCUGGAUUCAGCCAAACGACUGAAAAAUGACAAGAAUAAAUACAUCACUACAUGGAAAGGAAGUGACUUUGGAAAAUGCUCACAUUCUGGGGAGAAGUCGGGUUUGGAUCAAAAAGACUUGAAAUAUUCCUAAUCGCUAUCAUGUGUUUCUGUCACUCAAGCAGUCCCUGAGAAGAGCACUCACACAAACAAAAGACACUGUUCAAACCGAAAUACGCUUAGGAUCCUGUGAAUUUUUUUUUUUUUUUUGUGCCACGAUUAUGGAAUUUAGUUUAAUCUGCUUUUGUUGGUGUAAACUGUAUUUGCUGGCUGUAUCAACUACUAUGACCAAUGUAUACAUAUGAGAACAUGAGAGCAAUGAAUCUUAAUCAGAUCAGUAACACAAAAUGCUUGGUUUCUGAGUUUGUUGGAGCAGUAACUUAUUUUAGAACCAGUUCAAGACAUAAAUGAACUAAGCCCAGUACACAUUUUGUACUUUGUUAAAAUAUAAAUGUUAGGUCAUGGGCUGCUAUUUCUAAAAGAGAUUCUAAAUCAACUUUUGGUAUUAAUUUAAUUUGACUAGAUUUUCAGAGUAAAAGAAAGGAUUCUAAAAUAAAGAAUUUAUUAUAAAGUGCUCAGAAAUCUGAUGUUGGAAAAUAUUGCUGAGUCAUAUUGUAAAUUUGUGUUAUGUGUGACCUUAGGAACCAUAAAAAUAACCACAAACAUCAUAUGUAAUAUUUCAUCCAUUUUCCUCUCCCUGUCCAUCCAUCUGGUGUUAUCCUGAUUGAGCAGGUUUGUAAUUAAGGUCAGGUGCCAUGUAAUCCAGUUGGCAAGUGAGGCAGGCGCCUAUGUUUUCACAUUCCUGGCAUCAUAAUCUAGCUCUGGGGAUUACUUAAUUUCCAAUAAAACUUGCUUAUUAUAA